UUUCACUCCAUUUCCUGCGAAAGGAACCUUGAGAAAGAGGCUUGCCCUGAGGCAAUCUGCCACUGCCAACCACAGACAUGCUGCUACUGCCGCUGCUGGUGGCCCUGCUCUGGCGGAGGGAGGCAGCCAGGGGCCAGAUGGGGCCUGGGGAGAAUUACAAGCUGCAGCUGCCGGAGCUGGUGACGGUGGAGGAGGGCCUGUGCGUCCACGUGCCCUGCUCCUUCUCCUACCCCUGGAAUGUCUGGGGCAUCUUUACCUCAACUCUGGGCUACUGGUUUCGGGAAGGGGCUGCAACAUCCAAGGAUGCUCCCGUGGCUACAAACAACCCAGACCGAGAAGUGCAGGAGGAGACCCAGGGGCGAUUCUAUCUCCUCGGGGACACCCGGGCCUACAACUGCUCCUUGGAGAUCAGAGACGCCAGGAGGAGGGACAGCGGUUCCUACUUUUUUCGGAUGGAACGAGGAAGUGUGGAAAACAAUUACAGGUCUAACCAGCUCUCCUUGCAUGUGACAGCCCUCAACCACACACCUGACAUCCUCAUUUCGGGGACCCUGGUGUCCGGCCACCCCGGGAAUCUGACCUGCGUUGUGCCCUGGGCCUGUAAGCAGGGCACGCCCCCCAUCUUCUCCUGGAAGGGGGCCACCGUCUCUUCCCAUGUUCUCACAACAGCCCUCUCCUCGGUGCUCACUCUCACUCCACGGCCCCAGGACCACGGCACCAUGCUCACUUGUCAGGUGACCUUGCCUGGAGCUGAAGUGACCACAACAAGGGUCGUCCGCCUCAACGUGUCCUACCCACCACAGAACUUGACUGUGACUGUCUUCCAAGGAAACAGCACAGCAUCCAAAGCCCAGGAGAACGGAUCCUCUCUUUCAGUCCGGGAGGGCCAGUCCCUGCGCCUGGUCUGCGUCGUCGACAGCAACCCCCCUGCCAGGAUCAGCUGGGCCCGGGGGAGCCUGACCCUGAGCGCCUCGCCACCCAGCCACCCGGAAGUGCUGGAGCUGCCGCGGGUGCUCAUGGGAGACGAAGGGGAGUUCACCUGCCGAGCUCAGCACGCCCUGGGUUCCCAGCACGUCUCUCUGAGGGUCUCGCUGCAGAGGCGGUCCGCGCGCCCGGCAGACGCGGUCCUUGUGGCCAUCUGGGAAGCGGCUGUCAAGACCCUGCUCCUCCUCCUCUGUCUCCUGGGCCUCCUACUGCAAGAGCCUGGUCUGUCCUGCAGAGUGAGGUGCUGCACAAGGACGUCAGCCAGACCAGCAGGGGGCGUGUCAGAGGCAAAAGAAAUCCACCUUUAACCCCUCAGCACAGCUCAUCUUGAAGCCUGUCUCCUCCUGGUCCUGACCCUGGUCCUUCCAGCAGCCUCAUCUCUUCCCUGAGUCACUGAACCCACCCACCUCCUGCUUCCUCUCGCUGGGAAACACGGCCCUCGGGUCAGAGGACUCACCAGAGAUGGUUCCGUCCACUUCCCGCACAGUCGGAGCCGCUGUGUUUCCUCCCCACGCAGGGGACGGAGGGGCCCACACUGCAGGCUGGAUUCAAAGUCCUGGCCGGCUCUUCCCUGCUGACGCUCCACCCAGAGUUUCUGUUUCGGAUGAUGAAAGCAUUCUGGAAAUCGACAGUGAUGAUGGUUGCACUAACAUGGUGAUGUUCUUACUGCCACUCAGGUGUAACAUGUUAUUGUUUAGUUACUGAGUCAUGUCCAUUUUCUUCAACGCCAUGGACUGUAGCUGCCAGGCUCCUCUGUCCAUGGGAUUCUCCAGGCAAGAAUACUGCAGUGGGGACCUUAACAGAACCAUCACAAGCAAAGAAAUCGAAACUGUAAUCAGAAAUCU